GGUGCCAAAUCCAUUCUGUCCACGUCCUUGUAGCAUCCGUGUGGAGGUCGGGCCACUUCAUCACUUUCAACCAACUUUUAUUCUAUUGUAGACAAUAGUCCGACGCCUUUGUGCCAUCUGUCACUAUCCAUUGUACGAGCCAAAUCGUGACGGACGCUUUGCACUUCCUGUGCUCUUUCCCAUUCUCAAGCCACACCACAGGGUCUACAGCACCUUGCUCCCAUAAAUUCUCGAGUACCUCCGAAAAAGCGAACCACCCGUCUUUCCCACCGGCAUGUCAUCUCCCAACGAGGACUUCUCAAUGUCGACGCUCUCUCUCAACUCCAAUGGCUCACAAGGCGAGGAUUGGGAUCGUUCAGAAACGGAUAUUCAGCCCAACUUGAGUCAUGUGACGCCACGGAACUCUGUGGUAUUUCCGGCAGAGGGAAUUGAGGAUACGCCAGGGAAAGCUGUUUGUAGCAAGGGAAAGCGCUCGCUGAGUGAGCUAUUGCGGUUGCAUGCGGAGAAGGGAACAGACGUCUCGUUCAGCGCAGAGGAAGCCUCUAGGGUGGCUGACGUGCUCAAUCAGUGGAUAAAUUCUGGAUCAUCUCCUUAUGAGGGAGAGGAUGACUUCUUCACUCGCUCCCAGGAUGACUCUUACCUGUCAGCAAAGCGCUCGCCACCUGUUACCGACAUAUCCAGUCGACCUAGAGGACAAAGCGAGAGCGUCGUUAGCUCACGGCCUUCAAGUUCGGCGGGCGCUACCAAGUCAUGACGCUUGUUCUGCUCUAGCUCUUGUUCGUGUAUGUAGUUGUUUUUUUCGUUCUCCCAAAGUUAUCUGCUUGCCCAUUACUAUUUUGCACUUUGCUAUCUCACCACUACCGAUUAUCUUAUCUUUACGAACUCUCACGUCCCUUCACGACCACUUACGAACGUUUAUGAAGCAUCUACAUUACAUUAUACGCUCUUCAAUUGAUCGAUUUGUUGUGAUUCGUUUAAAUUCCCAUCGUUACAGCUUGCUUAUCGAUUAAGCUCCUUCAAUUUCAGCAGAGGUUUUGGUAUUAUUUUGUUAAUAAUUAUACAGUGGCUGCACAG